GUGAGUGAAAAAUGAAAUAUAAUUGAAAGGUGACAGGCGUGGGUAUGGGAGUGUGCAUGGGAGGGAAAGGGAUUUGGCGUAAUUGAGAGACAUUGUUAGAGAUGUUGGAUUGGAGAUCCUAGGCGUCCAAUGUUGCUCUAACCGCUCAUCUCCUUUCAAUUUCAUGUAUGCUAUGUUUUUGUGUUUUCCGGUCAAUGACACAGCAUCUGCAUGUUGUUGCUUGAACCACGCAAUUGCAUUGCCCUCUGUUUCUGUUUCCGUUCAAUUGUAACCCACAUUACAAGUUUCUCAGCGCCUCUGCAGAUCCCGUUUUCUCUCUUUCCACAGCAUCUCCUAUCCCUUUUUCAUCCGCAUUUCGCUUCGCAAUUUCUGUUUUUUUUUCCUUUCAUUUCAUUUGGCUGGGGAAUCUGGGCAGGGCCACGUUGGGUCUCUUCUUCAAUCUAAUACGGUAGAAUACAACAGAAAGAAAAAGAACAUAAAAGCACAUUCUCAUUGGCAUUGUUGGAAAUUGGCGGCGGGUGUUAUGGGUUGCAUAUGCUCCAAAGCAAAAUCAUCAUCAUCACACCAAUACGUUUCUCAAAACCAUACCGAAGGUUUGAAGGCCACUCCAUCCCCCAACACCAACACUUUCGGGGACACCACUUCCCUCAUAUCCAAUGUAAAUCAAUAUUCCUAUUCAAGUUCAAAUGCAACUCAAGAAAAAGCCUCCACCCCAAUUUUCUCGGACCAAAUUCAACAGAAAGGGGACAAGAAAGCCAAUGGUAAUGGGGUGCGAUCAACGACACAAACACAACUACAACAACCUAAGAUGUCUAGGUUGUAUAGUAUAACCAGAGGGGAAAGAGGAGUACAGGUUCUCGCUGGGUGGCCCUCUUGGCUCUCUGCAGUUGCUGGUGAAGCCAUUAGUGGCUGGAUACCUCGUAGGGCUGAUUCCUUUGAGAAGUUGGAUAAGGCAAUUCCUAUUGUUAUUCAUUGCUUUCUCUUUCCAUCCUUAUUUAAUGUCACUUACCAAACAAACUUACCUGUCAUGUUGCAGAUUGGCCAAGGAACUUACAGCAGUGUUUAUAAAGCUCGUGAUCUUGAAACAAAUAAAAUUGUUGCACUGAAGAAGGUUCGAUUUACUAAUAUGGAUCCAGAAAGCGUUCGUUUUAUGUCAAGGGAGGUUAUUGUGCUGCGGAGGCUUGAUCAUCCCAAUGUCAUGAAGCUUGAGGGCAUGAUUGCCUCACGGGUCUCUGGUAGCUUGUACCUUAUCUUUGAAUAUAUGGAGCACGAUCUUGCAGGACUUGCAGCAAUACCCGACAUCAAGUUUUCCGAAGCACAGAUCAAGUGUUACAUGCAACAGCUUCUUCGUGGUCUAGAGCAUUGCCACAGUCGUGGUGUCAUGCAUCGUGACAUAAAAGGUUCAAAUCUUCUGAUUGACAGUAAUGGCAGACUGAAGAUUGCUGAUUUUGGGCUAGCAACUUUGCUUCAGUCAUCUCAGGGGCUGCCUUUAACAAGUCGGGUAGUGACCUUGUGGUACAGGCCACCUGAACUUUUACUUGGAGCUACAGAUUAUGGAACUACUGUGGAUUUGUGGAGUGCUGGAUGUAUUCUUGCAGAGUUGUUUGUUGGGAAGCCUAUACUGUCUGGACGAACAGAGGUGGAGCAACUACAUAAAAUCUUCAAACUGUGUGGAUCUCCUUCUGAAGAAUACUGGAAGAAGUCAAAGUUGCCGCAUGCAACAAUUUUUAAACCUCAGCAUCCUUACAUACGUGUUGUUUCUCAGACAUUCAAGGAUUUUCCUUCAUCUACACUGAGCCUCUUGGAGGUCCUUCUAGCUGUUGAAUCGGAUGAUCGGGGAACUGCAUCUUCAGCACUUCGGCAUGAGUUCUUCACAACAAUGCCACUUCCUUGUGAUCCAUCAUCUUUGCCAAAGUACCCACCGAGUAAGGAGUUUGAUGCGAAACUUCGCCAAGAGGAAGCUAAAAGGCGAAGAGCACCAAAUAAAGGACAUGAAUACGAAUCACUAGGGAAUAAUUUUAGAGAGUCUACAGCUGUGCCAGUACCUGGUACUAAUGCUGAGUUUCAGGCCACUACAGGGAAACCAGGACUGUGUAAUGUUAAGCACGUCUCUGAGAAGUACAAUUACGAAAAGGAUGACGGUUAUGGCUUCUCUCGCGAACCUGUAAAGGCAACGUCAACAACACACAAUGUAUUUUCUCAUUCUGGCCAGUCAAUGCAUCCAAGUGUUUAUGGAUCCUCACGCACUAGGAAUUUGAAAGAGGAAAAUGUCCUCAUAUGCCCUGAUCAUGCCUUUAUAUCAAGAAAGUCUGAGUUGAGCAAACAUACUUCGUAUUGGCAAGGUAGUGCCGCAAAAUUGUCAAGAUUUUCUAAUUCAAUUGCAGCUCGAGGUGAUUCACUUCUUGAAAUGAGUGGUGGUGACUUUAGUGUGAAUUCGCAGUUGCCAGAAGAUCAAUUUGGCACGAGAUAUAGCCAUAAAGCAGAUGGUGAGUCCAACCAAUUGUUGGAUGGACUCAAAUCUUAACAGAAGAAGGACUUUCUCCCCAAGGGAAGUACCGUGCCAAGGGCCUUGCUAACUAAAAUGCCCGCAUGCAUCAUUCUCGACCGUUGCUGGCUUCCAGGGGAUAUAGUCUUGAAGGAAUACUGAAGGAAAACUGAAGGAAAACGAAAGGCAAACUAAACAUGCUGUCCGGAAAGCUCGUUCGAGAAAUCAAAAAGUGACUGACUUUCAAGAGGGUUCUGAUGCAGUUAACAUGGUAUGAGAACACUGGAACGCAGGGUUGUGGCUAUCAUAAUGCCAAGAUAAAAUAGUUGUUAUGAAAGUUAUUCAAUUCUUGUUGCCGAUAGUUGACUAGUGCUCUCACUUCUUCACUUUCAGAUGUUUAUAAUUACCAUGGAAGGCCUUGUACAGUGUUCUAACCAACAAACUUAAUGUUUCAGGAAGGUGGAUAGUUUAUAAGAGCCAGUAAAAUCCAUGCCGAUAGAGUGUAAAAUAAUUGUAUAAAACACAAGUUGUUU